AUGUCCGCCAACGCGGCCAACUCUUUCCAUUCCCAGCUCUCAGGCUUUCGCUGGGCGAACUCGGUCCAGGACGAUUCGGCUGGCUCGACCAACAACAAUUCCUCUGGCAACAUGUUCAGCCGCACAUGGAAUAGUUUCAGUGGCUAUAUCCCUCUGAGGAACGAAGGACAAAGCGCUGAGGAGGAAGCGUAUUUUGCACUCUCACGAUGGGAACGCUUCUUGGGAUUUAUUGCAUGCUGCCUCGGAGGGAUGGCCUGCUUCGCUAUCGCGUUCCUCUUCCUCCCCAUCCUCGCUGUCAAGCCGCGCAAGUUUGCACUAGCCUUCACCCUUGGAUCGAUCCUCUUCAUGAUGGGUUUUGCCAUCCUACAUGGCCCCGUGAACCAUCUCAAGCACAUCAUCUCAGCUGAGCGCCUGCCGUUUUCUGUCGCGUACUUUGGCUCCCUGGGCCUCACUCUCUUCUUCGCCAUCGGUAUCCGCAGCACGAUCGGAACUCUCGUCGCCGCCAUCGUUCAGGUGGUUGCUCUGCUCACAUAUCUUGCUGCGUACUUCCCCGGCGGCGUCACGACUCUGCGCUUCGGUGGACAGAUGGCCCUCGAGCACCAAGGAGCAGUCAAUGUUGUGACGUACAAUCACGGAGCGAAGUACCUCCUCUCGGGCUCGAGCGAUAGGACGAUCAGGCUGUGGAACCCGAUACUGGGCAAGGAGAUCAAGUCCUACAAGGGCCACGCACACGAGGUCCUUGCGCUGGACAUCUCGCAUGACAAUGCGCGCUUCGCGAGCAGCGGUGGCGACAAGAUGGUGCUCCUGUGGGAUGUGAUGAGUGGGCAAGUCCUCCGGCGCUUACAAGGCCACUUUGGCAAGAUCAACGCGGUUGCGUUCAACAACGAUGGCGGAAUCCUCGCGAGCGCGGGGUUCGACGCCAAGGUCAUGCUCUGGGACAUGCGAUCGCAGGCGCGGGACCCAUUGCAAACGUUCAAGGAUGCGACUUCGUCCAUCACGAGUUUGACGAUUCCACCAGACUCUGUUGAGGUCAUCGCGGGCAGCGCAGACGGGCACGUACGCGCGUAUGACCUGCGAAUGGGCAAGGUAUUCGAGGACUGCAUUGGACAUCCCGUAUUAGCUGUGACAACCUCGCCCUCGAAUCACCGCGAGACGAUGCUCGUCACCUCAACCGACGGAAAACUGCGUCUUUUCGACCGCAUGAACGGCAAGGUCCUCCAGACGUUCUCAGGUCACAAAGUUGCGCAGACACGGUCCAAGCCGGCGUUUAACCGUGGCGAAGGAGCAGUGAUUGCCGGCGACGAGGAUGGCAAUAUUUGGAGCUGGAAUGUCCUGGACGCCAAAGCGCUGAACAACGGACCAGCACAGGUGCACAAGAAGGCAAUUACAUCCGUCGUCACCAACCCGAACGGGCGAGAGAUGGUGACGUGCAGCCUCGACGGCACAAUCAAGAUCUGGAGCAAGUAG